GUCAGAGCUGAGAAGGGCGCCUGAUAUGAAUUCCUUGUCCCACUAACCUGCGGACUCCUAGAGGACAGGGGCUCUGUCUGGGUUCUGUCUGGAUCCUUGGGGACGGCAGAAGGCCAGCCACUCACAUAGGCACCUAGUUAGUGCCUGGUGAUCUUAAUUCUACUAGAGUAAGACCAGAGAGGUGAGGUAACCAGUAUAAGGUCACACAGCCGGAAACAGAGCCCUGUUUUGCCUGGCUCUGCACCCCUACUCAGUCUCUGGGGUACCACGCCUCUCCCAGGCUGAGUGUUGGCAAAGAGGCCUGCCAUCCAGCUGGCACUGCCCAUCCACAUGCCCACUGUGGUGAGCUGAGAGAGAGCUGGGUGGCUCCAGGUCCCAGCCUUUUCCCACUGGUACGUUUCCGUCUACUGGUCAGGCCCCGUGCACUGCCCCUCUGCAGUCUGCUUCGUCCCCGGGAAGGAGGGGCCAAGAGGGGAAAGCCCCUCUCUCUGCUCUGCUCCGCACUCAAGCUCAUGGAAAUGAAAAACACAUUGGCUUCAUUAUCCCUGGAUUGAAUGAGCAGGGUUGCCAUGGCAACAGCCAUCUCAGGCCCGCAUGGGGGCAGGGGAGGGGCUGGCAAGGCCGAGGCAGGUGGGGACCAGGCAGUGGGUGAGCAGGCACUCCAGGCAGGCAGGCCACAGGGACAACCACCAUGCGUACCACCACCCUCUCUGGGAGGCCAGUGUCAGAUCAGCAUCCUUGGGCUGAUGGGGCAGGCUGGACCAUGGCAGGCAGGCACCGUCUUCCACUGGCCUGCCCCUCAUCCACUCGUUCUGUCUCCUGUCCGCCUGUCCCCUUCCUGCAGGGUGGUGAGGGUGGAGACAGGCUGGUGCCCCACAGCACCCCGAAGAUGAAGGAGACAGAUGGAGACAGUGAGGGAAGAGGGGAUGGAAAGGAGCCAGAAUGGGGCAUGUCCUACUCCUGAGCGGGGACAGUCCUGGGGGAAGGGGCUCUGGAGGGGCAUGGACUGAAGGAAUGCCCCAGGGUCAUCCUAGUGGCUUGUCCACCAGCAUCACCAUCCUUAAAGAGGCUGGGUCCUCCAGUGUCCUCUAGGACAUUAUGAGUGAUGGUGGCUGUGGGGCUGACCACAGUGGGUCCUAGCCCAGUGUAGCUGGGCCUGGUCCAUCCAAUAACCCUGACCCAGGCCAGAGCCGGCUUCCCUGAUACCAAAAUGAACCCUCCUCUUUCCAGGGCCUAAGCGCCACGUGCCUCCUCUGUCCCAUGGACUGUCACCCCAGGGCUUGCAUCUGAGGGUAACACCUGGUAGGCUGAGGCCCUGCCCCUACUUUGCUCAGGCUUGCCCAAAGGAAGCAGGCAGCACCCCUUCCUCCUCCGAGUUCCCCAGAGGUGUGGGAGCCUGAGCUGCCCCUCUGUGGCGGCCCUCAGCAAACACUGCCACCUUCCUCUGAGCAGGCAGCCUCAGCUGGUCUUUCCAUGUGACCGAGACAAUGGGGCCCCUGCUCGGGGGGGAUCAAGUGCCCAGAAGAGACUUUCAGACAGGGCCAGUCAGAGAAGCCCAGUGCUGACCCCAAGUCCAGCUGCAACUUUGACCCCAGCCCCAGCUCAAGCCCAGCGUUCGGGGCCAGCAUGUCGAAACAUUUCCAACUGCUCUCCCACCCCAGCUUCUGCUCCAGCUAGAACGCCCCCUCGUGGCCUGUGCCUCCCCAAAUCCAGCCUCCUCCCACAGCUGUCUUCUCAUGGGGAAACAGAGGCUGAGCGAAGGGAAGUGACCCAUCCAAGGCCACGAGGGAGUCAGGACAGCGUGGCCGUGUGCGGGAUCUUCCAUUCCCAGAGACAGAACCAUGGAUUCCCACUGAGAUGGACCGAAAGUCCGUGUGGCCCUGCGUCCAGUCUUCCUGCUAGAGCAGGCUUGGGCGGGCGCAGGGAGCACCCAGGCUUCAGCCUCCUGAUGGCCCUUCCCAGUGGGGAGGGGUCCGGGAGGAGGCUCAGGGGCUGACUCAAGCUAGCAUUCUCUUCUCCAAGCCUUGGUCAAUGGGGACAGUCCUGUGGCCCUGCUACAAACGGGCUACCUGCGUCUGAGGAGGCUGGAGGUGACCGGCUGGGCAGACGUGGUUGUGGUGUUGCUGGUGCUGUUGGUAGCCUUGUCUUCCCGCCAAGUGGCAGUGGGUUCUGUGGAGGAGACAGCACAGGCAGGAGUGACCCCAGCACCUCCCUGGGGCAGAGGCAACCCAGGGGCUUGAGCAGCCACCUCCCCACCAGCUGCAACCAGACCGCAGAGGCACAUUCUCAAAUGCAGGUUCCUGGGCCCUCCCAGGGAGCCGGAGCGAGGCCCAGGCAUCAGUGUGCUUGUAGCUCUGCAAACCCCAAACCGUGGGUAGUGCUCACCUUGGUGCCUUCUAGAGCCUGGCUGUCAGGGUCACGCCCCUUUGUGACCCUCUCUGGGCCUUGUCCUGCUUCAGGCCGGUCUCGGGCCAGCCCUGGGGCCUUGAGCCCAUCCCUCCCUGCUCUUCUCUCUCAUCCUUCCUCUACCCACAGCCCACAGUCCCCAUGGCAUUUGUCCCCACCGUUGACCUCCCCUGACUUGGCGGCUGCAUGUCCCGGCCCGCCUCCCAGCCACCGCCACCACCGCCACCGCCCGGCUCCCCACCACCAGCUGAGGGCGGCUGCUGGACAAGGCUGUCAUUUUCCCUGCUGGGGAUUACAGGUUUGGGGCUGCAGGAGUCUGGACUGGAGGAGGAGGAGCCAGGACUCACCCAGUGCCAAGCCAGAGAGAGACGAGAAACACCUCACAGGAAGGGCGGGCUGGUGCCUGGCUCCGUUUGGGCUGGGAUGGGGAAUUCAGUCACCUGACAUUACCAGGACUGUGUGUGUUUGCGAGCAUGCAUGUGUGUGUGUGUGCAUAGAUGUACUUCCCCUGAGGCGCAAGGGCUGUCUCUCCUGCUCAUGCAACUGAAUCCCCCUGGGUGCAAGCCCAGCUCAUUUUCUAGGUGGAAAAGACAAAACUAAAAAGGGCGUGGGACUGACCUAGGUCACACAGCAGGUUAGAGCAGAGCCAAGCCUGGGCUGCCUCCGGCUGCUGCGUGGUGCGCCUGCCUCCUUCUUGCUCAUCUCCAGGAGAAGGUGGGGGCCAGGAGUAUCAACGGGGUGACUGCAGACCCAGAGGGGCCUGCUGCUGGAGAGGGCUCUGUGGGUGAGGUAUGGGCUGGGUCUGGGGGGACAGUGUGAGCUGGACUCAGACUGCAGCAGCACUGAUUUUGGGUGUGCAAGCAUCAUUCCCAGUGGCCCACAUCUGUGAACACUGGGAUGGGAUUAAAUACAAGCAAGGUGCCCCAGCGGACCCAAACCGCUCUGGGGGAAAGUGGGUAAGGGUAUGUAUGCUAGGGACAAGGCCUGAGAAACCUAAGGGGUGUGAGGAUUUGAGGAGGCCCAGGGCUGGGGAGAACAUGGUGGCGUUGUUGUGAGCUCAGCCUCUAGAAUCAGCCUGCCUGGCUUCCGGGGCUGAGCCCAGCCACUUGACUUCUCUGGGCCUUGUCUCCAGGGUCUCCAUGGCGAUUCAAUGAAGUAAAUUUCUAACACUUAGCACAGUACAUGGUGUGUGCAUGGCACGUGUUCAUUAGAUGCAUGUUUUUCUCCUCCUCAGUUCUGUAGGUGUUUCAAGGCCCUACCCAGAGGUGGGUCAGCCGGGAGGGUCCCAUAACUGUACCUGAUGGGGCUCUCCCUGGGCUGGGUCACUCAGGAGCCAGCAUUUCCAAUAAGCAGCACCAAGUCCUCCUAGGUUGGCACCCACUCCCAGGGGUGAACUGGCCAGACUGCUGGCAGCCAGAGGGACUUCUCAGAGCCAACCCUUGGCCCCUUUCAGGCCCCGUGGAGCAGGGAGCACGAGGGAGCUGAGGCUGGGGGGAGGCCUGCCUGUUCUUGGGAAUUCACGACGUGUCUGCCUGUCGCAAGUACCUCGAUAAGGAAGAUUUGUGGGCUGGACAACGUUCAUGGCUCUCGGGUAGAACCCAGCGAAACGGCCAGAAUGAAUUCUAUGGACAGGCACAUCCAGCAGACUAAUGACCGACUGCAGUGCAUCAAGCAGCACUUACAGAAUCCUGCCAACUUCCACAAUGCCGCCACAGAGCUGCUGGACUGGUGUGGAGACCCACGGGCCUUCCAGCGGCCCUUCGAACAGAGUCUGAUGGGCUGUCUGACGGUGGUCAGCCGGGUGGCAGCCCAGCAAGGCUUCGACCUAGACCUCGGCUACAGACUGCUGGCUGUGUGUGCCGCGAACCGAGACAAGUUCACCCCGAAGUCUGCCGCCCUGCUGUCCUCCUGGUGCGAAGAGCUAGGCCGCCUGCUGCUGCUCCGACAUCAGAAGAGCCGCCAGAGUGACCCCCCUGGGAAACUCCCCAUGCAGCACCCCCUCAGCUCCAUGAGCUCCAUGAAACCCACUCUGUCGCACAGUGAUGGGUCGUUCCCCUACGACUCUGUCCCUUGGCAGCAGAACACCAACCAGCCUCCCGGCUCCCUCUCCGUGGUCACCACGGUUUGGGGAGUGACCAACACAUCCCAGAGCCAGGUCCUUGGGAACCCUAUGGCCAGUGCCAACAACCCCAUGAAUCCAGGCGGCAACCCCAUGGCGUCGGGCAUGACCACCAGCAACCCCGGCCUCAACUCCCCGCAGUUCGCGGGGCAGCAGCAGCAGUUCUCAGCCAAGGCCGGCCCGGCUCAGCCCUACAUCCAGCAGAGCAUGUACGGCCGGCCCAACUACCCCGGCAGCGGCGGCUUUGGGGCCAGUUACCCUGGGGGUCCUAAUGCCCCCGCAGGCAUGGGCAUCCCUCCGCACACCAGGCCGCCUGCCGACUUCACUCAGCCUGCAGCAGCUGCCGCGGCAGCGGCAGUGGCAGCAGCGGCGGCCACAGCCACGGCCACAGCCACGGCCACUGUGGCAGCCCUGCAGGAGACACAGAACAAGGAAAUAAACCAGUAUGGACCGGUCUGUUCCUCUUUCCAGAUGGGUCCCACCCAGGCGUAUAACAGCCAAUUCAUGAACCAACCGGGGCCGCGGGGGCCGGCCUCCAUGGGGGGCAGCAUGAACCCCGCGAGCAUGGCGGCUGGCAUGACGCCCUCGGGGAUGAGCGGCCCUCCCAUGGGCAUGAACCAGCCCCGGCCGCCUGGCAUCAGCCCCUUUGGCACGCACGGGCAGCGGAUGCCCCAGCAGACCUACCCGGGCCCCCGGCCCCAGUCCCUUCCUAUCCAGAACAUAAAGAGGCCAUACCCUGGAGAGCCCAACUAUGGAAACCAGCAAUAUGGACCAAACAGCCAGUUCCCCACCCAGCCGGGCCAGUACCCAGCUCCCAAUCCCCCAAGGCCACUCACCUCCCCCAACUACCCGGGACAGAGGAUGCCCAGCCAGCCGAGCUCCGGGCAGUACCCGCCCCCCACGGUCAACAUGGGGCAGUAUUACAAGCCAGAACAGUUUAAUGGACAAAAUAACACGUUCUCGGGAAGCAGCUACAGCAACUACAGCCAAGGGAAUGUCAACAGGCCUCCCAGGCCGGUUCCUGUGGCAAAUUACCCCCACUCACCAGUUCCAGGGAACCCCACGCCCCCCAUGACCCCUGGGAGCAGCAUCCCUCCCUACCUGUCCCCCAGCCAGGACGUCAAACCACCCUUCCCGCCUGACAUCAAGCCAAAUAUGAGCGCUCUACCGCCACCCCCAGCCAACCACAACGAUGAGCUGCGGCUCACGUUCCCCGUGCGGGAUGGCGUGGUGCUGGAGCCCUUCCGCCUGGAGCACAACCUGGCUGUCAGCAACCACGUGUUCCACCUGCGGCCCACGGUCCACCAGACACUGAUGUGGAGGUCCGACCUGGAGCUGCAAUUCAAGUGCUACCACCACGAGGACCGCCAGAUGAACACCAACUGGCCAGCCUCAGUGCAGGUCAGCGUGAACGCCACACCCCUCACCAUCGAGCGUGGGGACAACAAGACCUCCCACAAGCCCCUGCACCUGAAGCACGUGUGCCAGCCGGGCCGCAACACCAUCCAGAUCACCGUCACAGCCUGCUGCUGCUCCCACCUCUUCGUGCUGCAGCUGGUGCACCGGCCCUCCGUCCGCUCUGUGCUGCAAGGCCUCCUCAAGAAGCGCCUCCUGCCCGCCGAGCACUGUAUCACCAAAAUCAAGCGGAAUUUCAGCAGCGUGGCUGCCUCCUCGGGCAACACGACCCUCAACGGGGAGGAUGGCGUGGAGCAGACGGCCAUCAAGGUGUCUCUGAAGUGCCCCAUCACAUUCCGGCGCAUCCAGCUGCCUGCUCGAGGACACGAUUGCAAGCAUGUCCAGUGCUUUGACCUGGAGUCGUACCUGCAGCUGAAUUGCGAGAGGGGGACCUGGAGGUGUCCUGUGUGCAAUAAAACCGCUCUGCUGGAGGGCCUGGAGGUGGAUCAGUACAUGUGGGGGAUCCUGAAUGCCAUCCAACACUCCGAGUUUGAAGAGGUCACUAUUGACCCCACGUGCAGCUGGCGGCCGGUGCCCAUCAAGUCGGACCUACACAUCAAGGACGACCCUGACGGCAUCCCCUCCAAGCGGUUCAAGACUAUGAGUCCCAGCCAGAUGAUCAUGCCCAACGUCAUGGAGAUGAUCGCAGCCCUGGGCCCUGGCCCGUCCCCCUACCCACUCCCGCCUCCCCCAGGGGGCACCAACUCCAACGACUACAGCAGCCAAGGCAACAAUUACCAAGGCCAUGGCAACUUUGACUUCCCCCACGGGAACCCCGGAGGGACAUCCAUGAAUGACUUCAUGCAUGGGCCCCCCCAGCUCUCCCACCCUCCGGACAUGCCCAACAACAUGGCCGCCCUCGAGAAACCCCUCAGCCACCCCAUGCAGGAAACUAUGCCACACGCUGGCAGCUCUGACCAGCCCCACCCCUCCAUACAACAAGGUUUGCACGUACCACACCCCAGCAGCCAGUCAGGGCCUCCAUUACAUCACAGUGGGGCUCCUCCUCCUCCUUCCCAGCCUCCCCGGCAGCCGCCACAGGCCGCUCCCAGCAGCCAUCCACACAGUGACCUGACCUUUAACCCCUCCUCAGCCUUAGAGGGUCAGGCCGGAGCGCAGGGAGCAUCCGACAUGCCGGAGCCUUCGCUGGAUCUCCUUCCCGAACUCACAAAUCCUGAUGAGCUCCUGUCUUACCUGGACCCCCCUGACCUGCCGAGCAAUAGUAACGAUGACCUCCUGUCUCUGUUUGAAAACAACUGAAGGCCACCCGGUCGGGGCCAUCCCUCCACACUCUGCCUCCUGCCCCACCCGUCCCACACACUUUUCCACCUGGGAGCCUGUGCCCUCAGACCGCCCCGCACCAGAGCCACGGGCUGUGGGGCGGGGAGCCCUCCCCCGCUGCAGCCCUCUCAGAACGGAGGGGCAGGGAGGGUGCAAGGCUGCGUGGGUCUGGAGCCCACGUUCUGCCUACAGGUCCUGGGCUUGGGCCCAUGCCCAGCGCGGGCCUGAAGACCACCCUCCCUAGAGGAACUGGCCCGGUAAGAGGGCACACGCCGACGCGGCUUCCCGGUCCCUCUGCGUGUGCCGAUUCCAGGCGACCUUCCAGUGUCCCCAAGGUUCUUCCAUCUUCUAAACUGUAACUCUGCCUCCCUGCUUCCUGGCCCGGAGCCUCCUUCAACUGACUGUGGAGCCUGAGAAGGCCCCUGGGCCCCAGCAUGGGCCCCAAGCCUUGGAGGAGCGCUGACAGUUGGUGGCAGUGAGACCGGCCCGCCCACCACCACCCACCACAGAAAAGCACAAACCUCUGGGAAAGAAAGACAACAUCUCUCGGGGGCCGGGGGUCAUCAGUUUGACCCCUGACCUCUAAGCCAAGAUACCCCGUAAACACACACUCUCAGAAAGCAGAGAAAGGACAAGAUUCUGUGUUUGAGAGGGGUCUGCCAUUCCUGCUUUGGGAUUGGUGGGAAAGAGGGCCAGGGCCUCCCCUAAGCCAGGACAUCUCUGAGGCUCCACCUCCAAGCUCAGACAGGGCUCAGCCUUUGGGGGCAGAGAGAGCAGGUAUGCUCCCAACCAGAAGUGAUUGUGCCCUUGGUUGCGGGCGGAGCAUGUCACCUAUCGGAAUCCGACAGGAGCGGCAACUUCUGUGCUCCAAGCCACUCUCUUUUUAAACAGCAACAAUUUAAAGCUAUGAAGUCACCUAGAGAAAAGGAACGUUGUGCUUGGACAGCAAGCAAACCAUUCUCUCCGUGUGUUCUGUUUUUCUCCUAGUCCCUCUCGCCACCUCUCCAAGACUGUUCCGUGGGACACCCCCUUCCCUCUGUGUCUUAGUUCUCUUUGUCCAAUCAGACAGCAAGAGCAGUGCGUGGAAAGGCCGGGGAGGGGCAGGAACCGGAGCCCAGGGCAAUGGUGUCUGUCCAGCCCCUCCCUCUGUCCCUGUGCUCCAGCUGCCCCUGGCUGAGACUCAGGCCAUGGCGCCAUGCACCAGUAUGUACCUGCAGGCAUGGGGGAGAGGAGUGUGUUUCUGGGCCUGCCCCAGACACUGCCCUUGGCUGCCAGCCUCACCUGCCCGCUGUACCCUUCCACCGCAAUCUCACCCACACUCCUGCUCAUUCAAGCAAAAGCAGCCUCUGGCCUUCCCUCCACUGAUUCGCUCCAUGUGGCUUACGGCUCUCCAGGGCCUCCUGGGGAGCUUGUCCUGUGUUCACUUCGUUUCCGGCUGGUCUGUGCCCCGUGAGCCGCAUGGCCUGGGGUGGUGCCACAUUGUCCCACCACUGGGGUCCCGUCUGUAAAUUCUUUGCGUCCUUCCCUGCUGCCGCCUGGGGCCCUUUCCUGCUCUCCCGGCCGGCCGCUGUGGGUGGUCCCCAGCACUCCUCUGUGGGCUUUACCGGAAAGGCAGCUCCCAGCUGUUGACUUCCAGUCACUGUCCCAGACGGCACAAGGUUUUCCGUAGGAAAGCUGCCAUUGCCCCGGCCCUUUUUUUUCCUUUGUCCCGUUGUCGUCGAGGUUUUUUCAAAUAGCGUGGUGUUCAAUAUGCAAAUCAAUUAUUUUAAGAAUCGCUUUUGUAAAUAUCUUUGUGAAUAUUUUAGUAUCGUCUUUGAUAAUAUCCAACAUUUUCAUGACCUGGUUAUAGCCUUUGCUGGUGUUUUUAAAAUACCUAGACUCAGUGACAAAGACCGAGUCUUCUUUUUUUUUUUUUAAACAAAAAAAAAAAGCAACCAGGGCUAUUUGUACAGUUGAAGGGGCGAAAGAAGAUGGUGGCUAUACCGGGAGUAGGAAGACCCGGCAGCCGCUAUUCAGAGCCAUCCCUCAGUCAGCUGGCAGGGACGAGCCAACGCCAGGUAGCAUGUGGCCACCCCUGCCCAAUGUCUGUGGCCUGGCAAGUGGCCACGCUCUAUGUCGGACCAUCUGGGAAUUAAGCUCCAGACAGACUUACAGAUGCCUUCCUUAGGAGUUCUUGCUUCCUGCCUUGAUACUUUGCCCCAGAAAGGCCUGGGGUUCAUUCUGGUUCUUAACAGGGUGUGUCCACACUCUGCUCACAGGCGGAUCCACAGCUUUCCAGUGCAGAGCCGGGAUGCUACCUGCAGCCCACACCCCGGGUACCUCCCACAACCAUCUCUGGGCUUGGCACCUAAGGCGGGUUUCCUGGGUCCCCUCUCCAGCAAGCCUCCACCAGCAAGCUCAGCCCAGAGCUUCCCUUCUGGCCGGCUCUGAACCGUGCGUGGUGCCUACAGCCCACACUCCGGGAACAAGCUCUUCCGGAGUGCUCUCGGAGCCAGGCCAGGAUGUGAGGGAGGUGCAGAGGCACCCGGGGCGGGAGCAAGCCCCAGGUGGUGACAGAUGCAGGUAGACAACGCCCAUAAGCCAAGAUGAUCCUGAGCUCUGGAGAGAUCCUUCCCCGAUCCUUUCGGACGACUAGUUGGAGCCAUAAGUAACCUCAGCAAAAACGAGGCCUCUGCAAGCCACUUUUCCAUGCCAAGCAUCCACCCGGCACACAGGCAUGUUUCUGCCACCACUCCGUGAGAUGGACAGGGAGCCAGCAGGCAGGCGGGAAGGGCCAAGUACAGGCAAUCACCCCCAUCUUCUUGGUUUGAAGCUUUAUCCAUGUAUCAUGUUCCCUGUAGCCAUUUUAUUUUUUAAGAAACUGCUAAUACUUUCUCCCUAAUGGAAGCCCUGACCCCCCCCCCAGAGAGCUACAGGUUUGCUCCCGAAGGGCCUCAGGCCUGACUCGUCCACACAGGGCUGUGUCAGCAGCAGCGACUCAAGGGACGUGUGUAUAUAUGUAAAUGAGAAAUAGAGACGUGUCAACAGAUGCAUUCAUUUCUCUUGGAAUGUGUAUUGUUUUUAUUUUGCAAAACAAAACAAAAAAGAGCUUGGAACUCCAUCAGGUGGAAAAACUAGAUCCUGUUGGUUAUAGCAUUUGUGAGUUCUCCACGUCUGUCUCUCUCGCUCAUGUAAUAUACUCUGACCCUGCGUGGAAAGGGAUUUUUGUUCUGUUUUUAUUUUACCUACAUGUACUAUUUAGCUUCAGUGUACUAGUCCUGCCACCUGUGUAUUUUUAGGGUGCUAUGGAAAUAAUGAAAAGAAACGGGGAUUUCCGAAGAAAAUUGUAACCAAAUUCAUACUUUGUAUAAUUUUUGAUAUCAUGAUCACAGGUGAUUCACACGUACACACAUAAACACACCCACCAGUGCAGCCUGAAGUAAGUCCCACAGAAAGCAUCAUCGUCCUUGUACAUCGUAUGUACAAUGCAGUCAUUUCAUACUUUAAACUGGUCAAAAAACUAAUUGUGAUUUCUAGUCUUGCAAAGCUGUAUGUAGUUAGAUGAUGUGACAACCUCUAAUAUUUAUCUAAUAAAUAUGUAUUCAGAUGAAACCUGUAUAUUAGGUGUUCAUGUGGUUAUUUUGUAUUUAAAGAUCAAAUUAUUUGACUAUUGCUAGACAUUUCUAUACUCUGUUGUAACACUGAGGUAUCUCAUUUGCCCAUGUUAAUUUUUUUCUAAAUAAAUGGACAAAAACGAA